AUCGUGAACGAGAAGAGCCAGAACCUGCGGCGCCUGCAGGCGCAGAGAAAUGAGUUGAACGCGAAAGUGCGUCUGCUGCGGGAGGAGCUGCAGCUGCUGCAGGAACAAGGCUCCUACGUGGGAGAAGUGGUGAGAGCCAUGGACAAGAAGAAGGUGCUCGUCAAGGUGCACCCGGAGGGGAAGUUCGUGGUGGAUGUGGACAAGAACAUUGACAUUAACGACGUGACCCCCAACUGCCGCGUGGCCCUUCGCAACGACAGCUACACCCUGCACAAGAUCCUGCCCAACAAAGUGGACCCUCUGGUCUCUCUGAUGAUGGUGGAGAAAGUUCCAGAUUCUACUUACGAGAUGAUCGGGGGGUUGGAUAAGCAGAUAAAGGAGAUCAAGGAAGUGAUUGAGCUGCCAGUCAAACACCCUGAGCUCUUUGAGGCGCUGGGGAUCGCCCAGCCCAAGGGUGUGCUGCUCUACGGACCCCCUGGCACGGGCAAGACCUUGCUGGCCAGGGCUGUGGUGUCCAGGGCAGAUGGAAGCCCUGUGGGUCUGUGCAGUGCCAGGGCUCAGCUCUCUGCCCCCGCAGGUGCCCGCAUGGUGCGGGAGCUGUUUGUGAUGGCUCGGGAACACGCUCCCUCCAUCAUCUUCAUGGAUGAGAUCGACUCCAUCGGAAGUUCUGGUGGGGACAGCGAGGUCCAGCGCACGAUGCUGGAGCUCCUCAACCAGCUCGAUGGCUUUGAGGCCACCAAGAACAUCAAGGUGAUCAUGGCCACGAACAGGAUCGACAUCCUGGACUCGGCUCUGCUGCGCCCCGGCCGCAUUGACAGGAAGAUCGAGUUCCCCCCUCCCAACGAGGAGGCUCGCCUGGACAUCCUCAAGAUUCACUCCCGGAAAAUGAACCUGACACGAGGAAUCAACCUGCGGAAAAUCGCGGAGCUGAUGCCAGGGGCGUCGGGUGCUGAGGUGAAGGGGGUGUGCACAGAAGCUGGCAUGUACGCGCUGAGGGAGCGGCGGGUGCACGUCACACAAGAAGACUUUGAAAUGGCUGUGGCCAAGGUGAUGCAGAAGGACAGCGAGAAGAACAUGUCCAUCAAGAAGCUGUGGAAGUAACAGUGAGGCUGGGGCUGCUCCCUGGGCUGUGUUGUCUCCAAUAAAGUGCUGCUAUG